CAAGUCUAUAACGACAUCCGUUAAAUAGGGGUUAUAACUGGGCCGUAACGCUUCGAGCAAGGGCAGAAUUCUUCGAACACAUUCAAGAACAAGCACUCCGCAUAGACUGCCUAGAGAUAUAGCCAAUCAUGAAAGCUACGCUGUUCUUCUGCCUCCUCGGCAUUGCCGUGUGCGUGAUCCCCGAAGGCAACGCUGAAUCUCCUCCUUACUACCCGACAUGCGGUCCUAACGAGGAGUUCACUGGAUGUAGCCACCCGUGCCCUCCUGUAUGUGGACAGCCACCCCCUGAAUGGUGUACCAAAAACUGCGUGGUCACCAAGUGUCAGUGCAAAGAAGGGUACAUCAGGUCCGGCAGCGCCGAUGGGCCUUGCAUUCCGGUCAGCGAAUGCGAAAGCAAGUUGCAGAAUGCCGUACUCAUUAAACGUAACGAAGCGCAUAUAAGGCACCACGCUAGCCUUGAACGGGGCUUGUUCUUCGAAGCGUUGCCAGGAGAAGCAGUUUAUCCCCUACGGCGCCCUCGGAAAUUGAGCAUCAUGAUUCGGCCAGUGCUCUUACUAGUUGCCGCAUUUCUGCAGUUGACGGCAUCCCAGAGACUCCAAGAGGAGAGGUCCUGUGAUCGCAGGACGGAAGUGUGGAAUCGAAGGUGCAAUGCCCACUGCGAGCCCAUCUGUGGAGAAGGUGAUCUGGUGCCUUGCUCAAGAUCAUCUGGCAGUUUCGGCGAAGACUCCGAGGUGGGCUUCAACCAACGCAUCUGUAGACCAGCCUGCAACUGUAAACCGCGGUAUAUUCGUGCGCACCGUGGAGGUCCAUGCAUCCCGAAGUCAGAGUGUCGCGAUGGCCCAGUACCUGGUGGCAAUGGCCCAGUACCUGGUGGCAAUGGCCCAGUACCUGGUGGCAAUGGCCCAGUACCUGGUGGCAAUGGCCCAGUACCUGGUGGCAAUGGGAAUUCCCGGUGCGGUCCAAACCAAGUGUACAAGGACUGCGGAUCAGCAUGCCCGGAAUUCUGUAACCAACCGCAGACUUUGCCUUGCACUUCACAAUGCGUACAGGGAUGCUUCUGUAAACCAGGCUUUGUUCAGCAGUACAGGGGUGGCCCAUGCGUUCCCAGGGGACAGUGUGAGGCAGCAGGAGAAGAGUGCAGAGGCCGUAACGAGGAAUUCCGCAGCUGUGGGUCAGCGUGUCCAGCUGUAUGCGGUGAACCACCUGGUACCGUAUGUACCGCACAAUGUGUUCCUGGUUGCUUCUGCAAGAGGGGCUUUAUUCGGCAGCGACGCAACGGCACUUGCAUCCCUCUCUCCGCCUGCAGAACAAGGCACAACCCAGUCUUCUAAAAAAAGCAGCCUGUUGACCGUUGUUACAAGUGUUGUUCUUGUACAGAGCUUUUUAACCGUCACAUAAUUUUAGUACGGGCUUUGUUCUGUGCUGACCUUCUCUCAGGUGAGCAUUUGUAGAGCCAUGAGAGUUCGAUUGCCACACCGUUUUAGCGCUUUACGCGCACGCUUUAUUGUAAAUAAAGUACAUUCAGCACUUAC